UUACCACACUUUUGCUGGUAAGGUAGAUGCGCGUAUACGGGCAUAACCACAGGAAGAAAAUACUUUCACUGCCAAAGUGCGGUUGGGAGCCUCCGGAAGAACAAGGAGACUAGGCUACAAGUGGGAAUGUCGACGAGGAAGAAGAAGUGAGAGUGAAAUGGAUGGAGGUAUAUCGGUGCAGUACCGUAACGUUCUUCCGACUGUUAUUACUGACUCUAUCGCAGUCACUCGACUAUCCGGCACGAGAUAUUUGGAAGUAUUUGGGUAUUUAGCGGUCCUCUCGAGGCAACAUUUUCACAGUACUGUGUGCGUCUCUCCCGCGCGACUGCAAAUGUCAUCGAACGAUGAAAUCAAUCGGAAUAUCGUUGUUAAUUCUGUUGAGUGAAAACAUUCCUCGAGUGACCGUUCAAUGACUGUUCAUUCAUCGGGCAGUAGUGAUAAAGAAUGAUUAGCACAAUGUUGAAGAAACUGUAGAGGAGUAUCAUCAAGCUUGUUCGACGUCAGGACGGAGCGGUACAGAGAGAGAAAUGAUGCUUCACCGAAAUCAAUGGAAAUAUCAUGAAGAAUAUAAACACUGACGCAUCUUUGGACAUUCGCUGGUUUGAAAAAAUCGGCACGUGGUCACCUGACGUUCCAUUAUGACAGCCAAUGAGAAGAGAAGAAAGAGAAAACGACAACAGCAAGGAUAGAAUAUUCCAAAAAAUUCGCGAAGUAGGGAGACCUUCAUUGAAAAAUGGUCUUCAGCACGAUAGUAGUGACAUCGGCUUUGAAAGGUGCUAUCAGUUUAAUGGGCACAGGUUUAUGGCUCGUGCCACUGCUAAUCGCGGGUCUUUCUUAUUAUCAUUACGAUCAAUUGGACCCCGAAAGUCGACCUAUCGACAGGUACCCUCUGUACUCUGAUUACGACUUCGUCGUGAUCGGUGGAGGAUCAGCCGGGGCGGUAGUUGCCAGUCGACUCUCGGAGAUACCCGAGUGGAACGUGUUGUUGCUGGAGGCUGGUCCGGACGAGAAUGAAAUCACAGACGUGCCAUCUCUGGCCGCGUAUCUGCAACUGACCAAACUGGACUGGAAGUACAAGACCGAACCGACUGGCAAGGCUUGUCUGGCUAUGAAGGGUGGUCGUUGCAAUUGGCCGCGCGGUAAGGUUUUGGGAGGCAGUAGCGUUCUCAACUAUAUGCUGUACGUGCGCGGUAACCGACACGAUUACGAUUACUGGGAGUCGCUGGGUAACCCCGGCUGGGGAUACGACCAGGUCCUUUACUACUAAAAGUCGGAAGAUAAUCGGAAUCCCUAUCUGCAGAAAAGCCCUUAUCACGCGACCAACGGUUACCUAACGGUGCAGGAAUCGCCGUGGAAGACACCUUUGGUGGUCGCUUUUGUUCAAGCCGGCGUUGAAAUGGGAUACGAGAAUAGGGACAUAAACGGUGAACGGCAGACUGGUUUUAUGAUAUCUCAGGGAACUAUUCGCAGAGGGAACAGAUGCUCCACCGCGAAAGCCUUUCUACGACCCAUUCGACUGCGUAGAAAUAUUCACACAGCUAUAAACUGCCACGUGACGAAAAUCGUGAUCGAUCCAUUGACGAUGAGAGCAAUAGGCGUCGAAUUCAUCAGGGACGGUCGCAGACAGCUGGUGAGAGCGCGGAAGGAAGUGAUAUUAUCAGCAGGUGCCAUUAACAGUCCUCAGAUACUGAUGCUGUCGGGGAUCGGGCCGAAGGAGCACUUACGGCACAUCGGUAUUCCCGUUAUAAAGGAUCUUCGGGUUGGCGACAACCUUCAGGAUCACGUAGGCAUGGGCGGUUUGACAUUUCUCAUCGAUAAACCAGUUGCCAUAGUUCAAGAUCGCUUCCAGGCGGCUCCGAUGACGAUGCAUUACGUGGUCAACGGCAGAGGUCCCAUGACGACUUUGGGUGGCGUUGAGGGUUACGCCUUCCUCAACACGAAGUACGCCAAUUACUCGAUUGACUAUCCGGACUUGCAGUUUCACAUGGCGCCGGCGUCUAUUAAUUCCGAUGCGGGAGUGCAGGUCCGGAAAAUUUUGGGGUUUACAGACGAAGUCUACAAUACUGUUUUUAAACCGAUUACCAAUCGAGACGCUUGGACCAUUAUACCCGUGCUGUUGAGGCCCAAGUCUCGCGGCACUAUACGACUCAAAAGCUCCAAUCCCUACCACAGUCCUGUCAUAAACGCGAAUUACUUUACCGACCCUAUGGACAUCGCCAUCUUAGUGGAGGGUGCAAAGAUCGCGAUUAAGAUCAGCGAGGCGAAAGUAUUCAAGCAAUUUGGCUCGAGGCUUCAUCGUAUCAAAUUGCCUGGGUGUAGACAAUUCAAAUUCGGCUCCGAUGCCUACUGGGAGUGCCACAUUCGACACAUCUCCCAAACGAUCUAUCACCCGGUGGGCACCGCUAAAAUGGGACCACCUAGUGAUCCCACCGCUGUAGUGGAUUCGAGAUUGAAGGUUUACGGUAUCGCGGGUCUUCGAGUCAUCGACGCGUCUAUCAUGCCAACGAUAUGUAGCGGUAAUACAAAUGCUCCUGUCAUCAUGAUCGGCGAGAAAGGUGCCGAUCUCAUCAAGCAAGAUUGGUUACGACCAUCGUCGAUAAUUAAUCGCGAAAGUAUGUACUAGCAAAAAAUGAACUGACCAGAAGAAAGUUACUUGGAUUUAACUAUACAAUAGUAAUUUUUUUUUAUAAAGGUGCUCUCUUUUUAAAUAAGCAUUGCUUUGAUAUUAUAUUAGUAUAAAUCGAGCUAUCAAAAAUUUUGUAAUACGAUACGCUGUGAUUUUGAUAUAUCUGAUUGACUACAUUGUAAUAUGGAUUACAAAGUUAUAUAAUUUUAAAAAUAAUAAAUUAGUAAAAAAUUA